AUGGAUAAUGAUGAAGACUCUAUGUCGGAAAGUGAGGAUAUGGAAAAAUCGAGGCCUGGUAAUAAAAAGAAAGGAAGACCCAAAAAACGUGCUAAAAUCUCUGAUUUUUGUGAUGAGGAUGCAACAGAGACCGUUGUUACUAGAACAGAUUUAUUGGAAUCAGUAGAUGCACGUGAUAUCAUCAUCGAGUGUAAAAAGACUGGGAAUCUCAAAAGGAUCAGUGAACUACAUCCUGCGUAUCUGCCUUUGCAAUAUCCAUUAUUGUUUCCCUAUGGUGAGGACGGGUUCAGACUUGGUAUCGAUAUUGGUUUUGUAGAUACCCAAGGGAGGAAAAGGUUGCAUAUUACUAUGAGAGAGUUUUUUGCUUACCGCAUACAAGAGAGGGUUGGUGAGUCACCAAUCAUCCCUUUAUCUGGAAGAUUGUUCCAGCAGUUUUUAGUGGAUGCGUACACGAUGAUUGAGACUAAUAGACUACGUUUCAUAUCAAUGAAUCAGUCUAAACUUCGUUGCGAAAAUUAUGACAAAAUAAAGAAAACUGUUGAUGAAGGUGACACUGAUCUUUCUGACAAGGGUAAACGUAUUAUUAUACCUUCUUCUUAUACUGGUGGUACAAGGCACCUAAAAAGACAUAACUUGAAGCAAGAGGAUAGACCAGAUAUAUGUACGCGAGUGUUCAAGAUGAAACUAGAUGAUCUCAUGCACAGGCUCACCAAAGAAAAUGUGUUAGGUGUCGUAAAAGCCGCGAUCUACACGAUUGAGUUUCAAAAACGGGGGCUACCUCAUGCACACAUCGUUCUUUUUUUAGAAGCUGGUCACAAGCUACCAACUGGUGAUGACAUUGAUAAGAUAAUAUGUGCUGAGAUUUCUGACAAGGAUAUUGAUCCAGCGCUGUAUGAGAUAGUAGGAGAUGUCAUGAUGCAUGGACCAUGUGGUGCUUUGAAUAAGGAUAGUGUUUGCAUGGCUGAAGGAAAAUGUACAAAGUAUUUUCCAAAACCUUACAGUCUGAUCACUAAAAUAGAUGAUGUUGGAUAUCCUAUAUACAGGCGACGUAAUGACAAGAAAGUUAUCGUUAAAAAGGGUAUUGAAUGUGAUAAUGGAUUUGUGGUUCCUUAUAAUAGGAGUCUCACACUGCUUUAUAGGACUCACAUCAACGUCGAAUGGUGUGUACAGUCUCGAUCAGUAAAGUAUCUAUUCAAAUAUAUUCAUAAAGGUGCUGACUACAUUCGUGCAACUGUCAAGAAUGAUGAUAAAGAAAAUGAGAUUAAGAAACACUUCAAUUGUAGGUAUGUAGCACCUUCGGAGUCUACGUGGAGAAUUUUCGGUAAUCAUACUCACCAUCGCACGGUUUCUGUAAUUAAACUACCCUUUCAUUUACCGAAUCAGCAAAUGGUCAUAUACAACGAGGAUGAUCCAGGUGACGAGGUUAUUAAUUGUGUCUCAGUUGGUACGUCAAAAUUCAUUGCUUGGAUGGAGUGCAACGAUAUGUAUGAAUUGGCGAGGACGUUAACUUAUGCGCAAUUUCCUACGAGAUUUGUGUGGAAUAACACUAAGAAAAUAUGGACGCCACGAUCAAGGAGAGUUGCUCUUGGUAGAAUCACGUACGUACCCAUUGGCGCAGCUGUUAGUCUAUCUCAGGAGCAAGUUAAAGACUUUACUCUGGUCGAAAUAGAACUUCUUUUACGUGUAAGUGGGAGAUCCUUAAAAGAAUUCACACCUAUGCCGUUUCCUGAAGAUAUUACUCUGGAGUCACGUGAUAAUCCUCUUAUUCGGGAUGAGAGGAAUUACAAUCGUGAAACUCUUAGACUAAGAAACGAGCAGAUUUUAGCCACUGUAACCAGUGAACAGAGAAGUGUUUAUGAUGAGAUACUAGAAGCAGUUAAUAAGAACAGAGGAGGUGAUGUUGUUCUCAAGGUUGCAUCGAGCGGGAUUGCUGCGUUGUUAUUAGAAGGAGGCCGAACUGCGCAUUCAAGAUUUGCAAUCCCUAUUGUGGUUAAUAAGUUUACCUUAUGUUCAAUCAAGAAGGAGUCGAAUCUUGCCGACUUGAUAGGGGUUGCUAAACUCAUUAUAUGGGACGAGGCGUUGAUGAUGAGUAAAGACUGUUUCGAGACUCUAGAUAGAACGAUGCGUGAUAUAUUAGAAGUUGAUAAGCCCUUUGGUGAUAAAGUCAUUGUUUUAGGAGGGGAUUUUAGGCAAAUAUUGCCAGUGAUUCCAAAUGCCGGGAAGACAAAGAUACUUAUGGCCACUUUGAAUUCGUCACCUCUGUGGUACAAAUGUAGAGUUUUGAGACUUACACAGAACAUGCGACUUAUAGCUGGAGAUAAUAGUCAUGCUAUGCUUGAACGAGCUGCCUUUACAAAGUGGAUCUUAGACAUUGGUGAUGGUACGAUAAAUGACGAUGGUAGUGGUGAAGCCGUGAUUGAUAUUCCUGAUGAUCUGUUGAUUAAAGACUGUAAAGAUCCUAUAAAAACGAUCGUCAAAGAAAUAUAUGGGAGUUCGUUUUCGAAAGAGACUGAUCCUAAAUUUUUCCAAGACAGUGCCAUACUGAGUCCAAGAAACAAUGAUGUAGAUACGAUAAAUGAUUAUAUGCUUUCAAAGUUAUUGGGUGUUGAAAGGACCUAUCUUAGCUGUGAUAGCAUUGAUACGACUGAAGAAGUUGUUAAUUACAAUGAUGCAUCUGAAGUACCCUUAGAGAGUGUAGCCAGUAAGAAUAAAGGUGAUUCCAACAAUAUGAUUUAUACCGAGGAGUUUUUAAAUAGUAUCAAGAUGUCUGGUUUCCCUAAUCAUGUCCUGAAGUUGAGAGAGGGUACUCCUGUAAUGCUUCUAAGAAAUAUCGACCCUAAGAAUGAGUUGUGUAAUGGCACAAGACUCAUCAUUAUUAAGAUGGCUAAUUAUGUUCUCCAGGCUCAGAUAAUAACAGGUAGCAAGAUUGGUGAAAAGGUACUGAUUCCUAUGAUAUUCCUCUCUCCUUCGGAGAUGAAACUUCCUUUCAGGAUGAGACGCAAGCAGUUUCCUAUCACAUUAGCUUUUGCAAUGACUAUAAACAAAAGCCAAGGACAGACACUCGAAAAGGUUGGUUUGUAUCUUCCAAGACCGGUUUUUACUCAUGGACAACUCUAUGUCGCUGUAUCGAGGGUUACAUCAAGAGAAGGUUUGAAGAUAUUGAUCACCGAUAAAGACAACAAACCACAAAACAAAACAUUGAAUGUCGUCUACAAGGAGGUUUUUGACAAGAUAUGA